CAGUCGAGACAGUACAGCGUCAUCGACAGCGAUGCUGCGGCCCCAAAUAUCGACUUCUCGCAGAUGAAGGAGAUUGCCUCCAGCGCAGACCCCAAGUACGUCAUUGUUGACGUGAGAGAGCCUGACGAGUACAGCGCCGGACACAUUCCACACGCCAUCAACAUCCCAUGCAAGUCUAGCCCUGGUGCGCUUGGCUUGGAUCCCGAGGAGUUCAAGUUGACGUUUGGCAUCGACAAGCCUUCUGCAGAAAAGACCCUGGUCUUCUACUGCUUGGCUGGUGUCAGAGCAAGAAUGAGCGAGGAGUUGGCGGCCACGUUUGGCUACGAGAACAGAUUGAACUACAUCGGCUCUUUCAAGGACUGGUUGGACAAC